ACCGGUCUCGCUGGUGCUCCGUCCGAAGAACGAACAAGCCCGUCGUUAUAGUAGAUUAUUCGGUUAAGUUCAAACAUGGCGAGCGGUGGUGGCGCUGCUGCUGGUGGCGGUGGUGGAAAGGUCUCCUUCAAAGUGACGCUCACCUCCGAUCCAAAGCUCCCGUUCAAACUGUUUAGUGUGCCGGAGGCAGCCCCUUUCACUGCCGUUCUCAAAUUCGCCGCCGAAGAGUUCAAAGUGCCUCCCCAGACCAGCGCUAUCAUCACCAACGAUGGUGUUGGAAUUAAUCCUCAACAAAGUGCAGGCAACGUAUUCCUCAAACAUGGUUCUGAACUACGCCUCAUACCUCGUGAUAGGGUUGGAGCUUCUGGGAUGUGAAAGCUGCAUUAUCAUGGCCUAUCCCCUCUGGUCAAUUUGGGUUCAGUUGAGUUUUUUUUUUUUUUUUUUUUUUUAAUUUAUUUCCUUCUUAAGUUAGGAGGAAUUUUAUACUUUCAGCUCUUGAUCUAGUGUAACUGACAUAAACUUUAUUUAUAGAGAAGUAAGGUGUCUACAAUAAAUGGUCUUAAAUAAUUUUGGAAGGA